AUGCGCUGCCGACUGGCUCUGGUAUGGGCCCUCCUGGUUGGACCAUGGGCUCCCGUGGGGUCCCAGAGCUCCAUUUCAUGGGAGGUGCAGCGAUUCGAUGGAUGGUACAACAACCUCAUGGAGCACAGAUGGGGUAGCAAAGGCUCUAGGCUGCAGCGCCUGGUUCCAGCCAGCUAUGCAGAUGGCGUUUACCGGCCCUUGGGAGAACCCCACCUUCCCAACCCCCGAGACAUCAGCAACACUGCCAUGAGGGGCCCUGCUGGGCAGGCCUCACUACAAAACCGCACAGUGCUGGGGGUCUUCUUCGGCUACCACGUGCUCUCGGACCUGGUGAGUGUGGAGAGACCCGGCUGCCCCGCCGAGUUCCUCAACAUCCACGUCCCACGCGGAGACCCCGUGUUCGACCCCGACCAGCGCGGGGACGUGGUGCUGCCCUUCCAGAGGAGCCGCUGGGACCCCGAGACGGGACAGAGCCCCAACUUCGGGGCGGAGCGAGGGAACCGCGAGCCCUUCCUGCAGGCGCUGGGGCUGCUGUGGUUCCGCUACCACAACCUGUGGGCGCAGAGGCUGGCCCGCAACCACCCGCACUGGGGGGACGAGGAGCUGUUCCAGCACGCGCGCAAGAGGGUCAUCGCCACCUACCAGAACAUCGCUCUGUAUGAGUGGCUACCCAGCUUCCUGCAGAAAACGCCCCCAAAGUAUGCAGGGUACCAGCCAUUUCUGGACCCCAGCAUCUCCCCUGAGUUCCUGGCCGCCUCUGAGCAGUUCUUCUCCACCAUGGUGCCCCCUGGCGUCUACAUGAGGUGAGGGAGGGGGCUCAAAUGUGCGUAUGUGUGUGUGUUGGCGCAGGGUCAGGUGACAAAAAUCUGCCCUCAAGGACCCAAUUACCAGCCUGAACAUCCAAACCUACAAAGUGCUGAAGAUGUGGACGCACUGCUGCUGGGCAUGGCUUCCCAGAUCGCAGAGCGAGAGGACCAUGUGGUGGUCGAGGACCUUCGAGAUUUCUGGCCCGGGCCACUGAAGGUUUCCCGCACAGACUACCUGGUCAGCUGCCUGCAGCGGGGCCGGGAUCUGGGCCUGCCCUCUUACACCAAGGCCAGGGCAGCACUGGGCCUGCCUCCCAUUACCCGCUGGCAGGACAUCAACCCUGCACUGUCCCGGAGCAAUGGCACUCAUCCUCCUGCACCCACUCCUGUCCUCCCAGUCAGCCUGCUUGGCGCCUGGAUUGUUGCCCAGCUCCGGAGGAGAAGUUUCAAGAGGCUCCAGGGCCAGGACCGCAAGAGUAUCAUGUCGGAGAAGCUCAGAGAGGGUGUGGAAGCACUGGAAUGGCAGGGCCACAAGGAGCCCUGCCGGCCCGUGCUUGUGCACCUGCAGCCAGGCCAGAUCCGCGUGAUGGACGGCGGGCUCUCUGUGCUCCGUACUAUCCAGCUGCGGCCCCCACAGCAGGUCAACCUCAUCCUGUCCAGCAACCACGGACACCGUACUCUGCUGCUUAAGAUCCCCAAGGAGUAUGACCUGGUAUGGUCCAGCUCCUUGUCAGCCAGCAGAGGUGCCCAUGAAAGACACCUAAAAAGGUGGCUCCUGUAAGCCUCAAUUGGCCUUCAAGUCAACAAAGUCUUGCCUCCUUCUCUCCCUUCCUCUGUCACUGGCCAAGUGCAGGUGCUGGACAUUAACCAGGCAGACGCAGGGACCCUGCCCCUGGACUCCUCGCAGAAGGUGCGGGAGGCCCUGAUGUGCGAGCUGAGCAGGGCCGAGUUUGCCGAGUCUCUCGGCCUCAAGCCGCAGGACAUGUUUGUGGAGUCCAUGUUCUCUCUGGCCGACAAGGAUGGCAAUGGCUACCUGUCCUUCCGGGAGUUCCUGGACAUCCUGGUGGUCUUCAUGACAGGCUCCCCUGAGGAGAAGUCUCGCCUUAUGUUCCGCAUGUAUGACUUCGAUGGGAAUGGUCUUAUUUCUAAGGAUGAGUUUAUCAGGAUGCUAAGGUCUUUCAUUGAGAUCUCUAACAACUGCCUGUCCAAGGCCCAGCUGGCCGAGGUGGUGGAGUCCAUGUUCCGGGAGUCGGGCUUCCAGGAAAAGGAGGAGCUGACAUGGGAGGACUUCCACUUCAUGCUGAGGGACCACGACAGCGAGCUCCGCUUCACACAGCUCUGCGUCAAAGGGGUGGAGGUGCCUGAAGUCAUCAAGGACAUGUGCCGGCGUGCCUCCUACAUCAGCCAGGAGCAGAUCUGUCCUUCUCCCAGAGUGAGUGCCCGCUGUUCCCGCAGCGACCUUGAGGCCGAGCUGACACCACAGAGAGUGCCGUGCCCCAUGGACACAGACCCUCCCCAGGAGAUUCGCCGGAGGUUUGGCAAGAAGGUAACGUCAUUCCAGCCACUGCUGUUCACCGAGGCGCACCGAGAGAAGUUGCAACGCAGCCGCCGCCACCAGAAUGUGCAGCAGUUUAAACGCUUCAUUGAGAACUACCGGCGCCACAUUGGCUGCGUGGCAGUGUUUUACGCCAUCGCCGGCGGGCUUUUCCUGGAAAGGGGCUACUACUAUGCCUAUGCCGCACACCACACGGGCAUCACGGACACCACCCGCGUGGGCAUCAUCCUGUCGCGGGGUACGGCGGCCAGCAUCUCCUUCAUGUUCUCCUACAUCCUGCUCACCAUGUGCCGCAACCUCAUCACCUUCCUGCGGGAGACCUUCCUCAACCGCUACGUGCCCUUCGACGCCGCCGUGGACUUCCACCGCCUCAUCGCCUCCACUGCCAUCGUCCUCACAGUCUUACACAGUGCUGGCCAUGUGGUGAAUGUGUACCUGUUCUCCAUCAGCCCCCUCAGCGUCCUGGCCUGCCUCUUCCCUGGCCUCUUUCAUGACGACGGGUCUGAGUUCCCCCAGAAAUAUUACUGGUGGUUCUUCCAGACUGUGCCAGGCCUUACGGGGGUUAUACUGCUCCUGGUGCUGGCCAUCAUGUAUGUCUUCGCCUCCCACCACUUCCGCCGCCGCAGCUUCCGGGGCUUCUGGCUGACCCACCACCUCUACAUCCUGCUCUACAUCCUGCUCAUCAUCCACGGCAGCUUCGCCCUGAUCCAGAUGCCCCGUUUCCACAUCUACUUCCUGGUCCCAGCGCUCAUCUAUGGGGGGGACAAGCUGGUGAGCCUGAGCCGGAAGAAGGUGGAGAUCAGCGUGGUGAAGGCAGAGCUGCUGCCCUCAGGAGUGACCCACCUGCGGUUCCAGCGGCCCCAAGGCUUUGAGUACAAGUCAGGGCAGUGGGUGCGGAUUGCCUGCCUGGCUCUGGGCACCACUGAGUACCACCCCUUCACACUCACCUCUGCGCCCCAUGAGGACACGCUCAGCUUGCACAUUCGGGCAGCGGGGCCCUGGACCACCCGCCUCAGGGAGAUCUACUCACCCCCGAUGGGCGACGGCAGUGCAAGAUACCCAAAGCUGUAUCUCGAUGGACCAUUUGGAGAAGGCCACCAGGAGUGGCAUAAGUUUGAGGUGUCAGUGCUGGUGGGAGGGGGCAUUGGGGUCACCCCCUUUGCCUCCAUCCUCAAAGACCUGGUCUUCAAGUCAUCAGUCAGCUGCCAAGUGUUCUGUAAGAAGAUCUACUUCAUCUGGGUGACAAGGACACAGCGGCAGUUCGAAUGGCUGGCUGACAUCAUCCGGGAGGUGGAGGAGAAUGACCGCCAGGACCUGGUGUCCGUGCACAUCUACAUCACCCAGCUGGCGGAGAAGUUCGACCUCAGGACCACCAUGCUGUACAUCUGUGAGCGGCACUUCCAGAAGGUGCUGAACCGGAGUCUGUUCACGGGCCUGCGCUCCAUCACCCACUUUGGCCGUCCCCCCUUCGAGCCCUUCUUCAACUCCCUGCAGGAGGUCCACCCACAGGUCCGGAAGAUCGGGGUGUUUAGCUGCGGCCCCCCAGGCAUGACCAAGAAUGUGGAAAAGGCCUGUCAGCUCAUCAACAAGCAGGACCGGACACAUUUCUCCCAUCAUUAUGAGAACUUCUAG